ACUAUUUUUCUUCAUCUACUAUAAUUUUCGACGUAUAGCUACCACACGGCCGCACUGUUACGUCUGUGUGCGAAUGGUUCACCAGUGAGGUUAACUCGUCGCCGUGUUUCCUGGCCAGCCGAUUUAACGUUAGCAUGACGUCGCCUCGAAAGCUGCACCCGAGUAUCGUCUCCAAGACAUAAAUGCACUUAAUGCUUAAAAAACUCAAAUAACCUACAUUGUAUUGGACCAUUUCUCCUCUUGGUCAUUCCGCUUAUUGCUACUUAAACCGCUUAACACUAAAUGUAGGUCAAACCAAGCGUAAGCUGUGUUUGAAGGUGGGAAAACGCCAUGGCACGUCUGGUAGCAGUAUGCAAGGAUAAUGAAGAGGACUACCCGUUUCUUGCCAGACAGUUUCCUCUGUAUAUUGAUGACUCCUUGACGAUGGUGAUGGAAUUUUAUGAUGACGUCAUGGAUGUAGACAAACAAGUAAUUAGUAGUUCCCAUUGGAAACAAUUCACAGAGGGUCACUCCAAGUUGAAGCAACAGGACUUGACUGCGGCCUUGUCGGUGGUGUCCAGAGAGGUGUGCAAAGCGUUAUCUCAGCUGGUGCCGUGCGUCGGCUGCAGACGCAGUGUGGAGCGGCUGUUCUCCCAUUUAGUGGAAUCGGGGACUCCACCCUUUGAGCCGCUCACAUUGAACCCUAUGGGUAUGCUGUCUGUCUCCAAGGCUUGUUUAGCAGAUGUAAAGAAGCUGUACAGCCUCCUCUACAUCCAAGGGUAACAAAUAUUUAUUUUCACAGUCUCCAUGUGAAC